AUGUCCAUGUUAAAGUACUCCCGCAUGGACUUCCUGUGCACUUGCGUGGGCCUACUGCUGCUGCUGCUGGACAUUGGCCUGGACAUCUGGGCCGCUGUGGACUUCUACCAAGAGGGGGCCUGGGGGCCCCUGGCCGUGCUGCUGCUGCUGCUCGUGGGCUCCUCGGUGCUGGUGCAGGUCUACAGCUGGGUCUGGUACAGCUACGAGAAGUUUCAGAUGGAGACCCGAGUGGAGAAGUGCCUGAGACCAGGACUGAAGCUGCUGCAUGUGCUGCAGAUGGGAAUCUACAUCAGGUACGCCGGCGUCCUGGAGUCGUCUAUGGGCAGCUUCUUCUCGAGGCACAGCCGCCCGAGUGACAAGGCGGUGUACCUGAUCCACGACCUGAGCUUGCUGCAGAUCAUUGAGACCUUCUCGGAGAGCUCCCCUCAAAUCGUCCUCAUGCUGUCCAUCAUCCUGCAGAAGGGCCAGCUGGACCUGGUUACAGUGAUGAAGGCCCUGGGCUCGGUCUCGGCCGUGGCCUUCAGCGUGACCACGUACCACCGCUGCCUGGACUCCUUCCUGCCCGAGAAGUACAAACAGUCCUUCCUCUCCUGGGUGGUGUACUUCCUGUGUCACCUGACCCUCCUGCUGUCCCGCCUGGUGGCGCUGGCACUCUUCACCUCCGUGAUGUCCUUCUUCAUCUUCAGCCACUUCUUCGGCUCCUGGCUGCUGCUGUUCUUCUGUGCCAGGCACUCAGACACGGCCUUCAUGGACAGCCACGAGGGGGAGCGGCUCUACCGGGCCACGGUCGGCCUUGUCUGGUACUUCAACUGGUUCGAUCUGGUCAAGGGGAAGACCAGGAAGCCGAUGUUGCUGUACCACGGCUUCAUCCUGGUGGACAUCUGCGUGCUCCUUGGCGUGUGGUACUGGAAGAUGAGCACGGACCCACCGGGCUUUGUUGUGCCGCGGGCGUACGCCGCCGCCACCGCCACUGCCGUGGUCUUCCUUUACGUCCUUGGACUCCUGCUGAAGGUCUUAUACUACAAAUGCUUCCACCAAAUCCUGCGCAGAGGGGGGAGCACUGAGAGGCUGCUGCCCAAUGAUGAGAUGGACCCCCCGCGCUCUGACCCCGACUUCGUCAUGGACAUCUCGGAGCCCGGCACACAAGAACACUGCAACCGGAGGAUAAAGAAGCUGGCCGAGAACUUCUACAACUGAUGAGCUGGUCUCUAAACUUUAAUUAUUAUUAUAUACAAUAACAGCCACAGUUUACACUGAACUUUACAUUUCCCUGUCAGAAAUAGAUGUACAGGUAAUGCAAAACACAACAAAAAUUCAAAGAACAAAGCAGUCAUGGCUACGGGCAUCCAUAUUCAGAGCAGUGUACAUGCGUGCGUCGCCACCAUAUAUUUGGGGGGGACGCGUCCCCCCCACUGUUGAAAAAAAGUUGUUCGGACCCCCCCACAUUUGCUAGUCCAGCAUGUUUUCAUUGCUUCACAAUCAAAUCCGUUCCACUUUAUGAGUAGGAGAUUACCCAUAUCUACAGAAAUCCACUCUGCGUUUUACUUCUGUUUUUUAACACGGCAGCAGCAGCAGCAUCAUUCAAUACAUACAGUCAGUCUGAGGCAAGCCGAUGUGGAGAUGCCGAGAUGGACAUAAGAAAUUAAGUAAGUUACCAAGUUUUACCUUGAGUGGCCAAACAGCAAAAUUGCGUUGUUCCAUGGUCAAACACAGCCAGCUUAUAUAUAUAUCGACGCAGGGCCUAUGGCGUAGGUUACGGCGUACGUUGCGCGUCGCCGCGUAGCCUACGCCGUAGGCUCUGCGUUGGUGUAACGCGGAACCAUAAAUCAGCUCCGGAGCCGGCAGGCAGACAGAAAUCAGCCUUUAUUUUGGCGAGGUUGCAAAAAACGUGCAAAAAAGUGAUUAUGUACAUUCACUGAGUGAAUAUUAUGAAAGUAAAAUAUAUAUUUCUCGCUGUAUGACGACUAAAAGCAUUCUGGGAAUUUUUUUUGUCCCUAGAAAACUAGUUUUUUCUUUUUAAAUCAGAGGGUGUUGUGUAAAAUUCCCACUGGGACGUACUGGGAACAGGUGUUGAACACUGGCCUGCUUCUUGUUACACCUCACAUCCUUGAUAAAUACUGUAGUAGGCCUGUAUGGUUCAUCUGGAAACAACAGGAUUGAAUAAAAUGAUGUUGUUGUUAAGAAAUCUUGUAAGCCAUUCUUUUACUUUUUGUUGAAUAUAAGAAAAUAGGGAUAAGUAGUCAACUAAUAUAAAAUAACAUGACGCCGUGGGUUGGUUUUCCUCCCAACCUCCCCAAUUUUUUUAGUCACCAGCCGCCACUGAUAUAUAAAGUGUUAAUAACUGGAAAGGUGGAGGAUGUGGAUGUGGUCAGUUCGUACCCAGAACUAAACCGCCAUUCGUUGGAGGUUCAGCUGGCCAUGUUCAAACUUCAGUAUCCCUGCAGCACAGUCAGUGAAGUGGUGGAUACAUUGAGAGCUAUGCUGCCAGAGGUUCCAGGUCUGUUCACUCAAGUAGAAGUGUUGGUCAGGCUUCUUCUUGUUGUGCCAUGCUCCUCAGCAGAGGCUGAGAGAAGUUUUAGUGCCUUAAGAAGGCUCAAGACCUGGCUGCGCUCUUCAAUGACUCAAAAGCGCUUGAACAAUGUGGCUGUUUGCCACAUCCACCAAGAGCAUCUUGACAAACUUGACUAGAGGAAAUUUGCCAGUCCUUUGUAUCUGCAAAUGACAAAAGAGGUCACACUUUUGGAGCCUUUGUAUGAUGGUUAUGUUCUAUUUGUAGAAAUCCUGUUGUAAGCAUGUACAGAUAAAAGAGGAGAUGGGUGAAGAUAUGGAACAUUUAACAGGUUGUAUUGAGUAUUGAGUUAUAGUUGUAUUGAGUUAUAGUUGUAUGUUCUGCAGGUCACUGAAAUUUUUGUAUUUCCUCAUUACUUUUUUUUCAAGAGAUUUUUUGUUGCAUGACAUUAUUAAUCCUCAUUUAAUAAAGUGGCUAAAAAGUGCCAAAAAAGUUGUCAGUGUUAGUCCUCUAUGAAUUAAACCAAAACAUAAUAGUAGUCAGUAAUUGCAGACCAUGCCAGCUCUAAGGAAAAACAAAGAGAGAGGGAGAUUAUUUUGGGUGUAAAAUGCACCAGAAUGCGGGAAAUUGAAUCUACUAUUUUCAAAAUUUUCUGGGGGAGGACCCCCAGACCCCCCCCCAAAAAGGUG